CCUUCGACGGUACAGGAUCGUAAACAUAACCUCAAAGAUGCAGUGUUUGUAAUUUCUGUGACAGAUUCUCUUGACAGAGAGUUGUUUUAUUUUUUUCAACAUGGCAGAGAAAACGAAAACCAUGAGCCACAUAAAACAUAUCCCUAAGGAUGCCCAAGUCAUUAUGUCAAUCAUGAAGGAUAUGGGGAUAACGGAUUACGAGCCCAAAGUCAUUAACCAGUUGUUGGAAUUCACCUAUCGAUACGUCACAUGCAUAUUGGACGAUAGUAGGGUAUAUGCCAAUCAUGCGAAGAAGAAGUUUAUCGACCUGGAUGAUGUCAGACUGGCAGUAAAAAUGCAGCUGGAGCGAACGUUCACGAAUCCACCACCAAGAGACGUGUUACUUGAAGUUGCACGCUCCAAGAACAACGUCCCGUUGCCCUUCGUAAAACCUAACAAUGGCCUUAGACUUCCACCUGAUAGGUAUUGUUUAAACUCAGCAAAUUAUAAACUGAAGAAUGCCACAAAGAAGGUUGUGCAGAAACCCGGACAUCCGCUGACAGGCAAUAACGCAUCCGGUGGACAGUCAAGGGUAAAAGUGGAAGGAAAUAAGGCUGGUUUGUCUAUUGUUAAGAGGCCUGGAACACUUGCUACUGUUGCCAGGACACAGAGCAUUUCCAUACCAAAACCAGUAUUGAAGUUCUCGACAGCUUCUUUCCACCUACUUCGCUCCCAUUCCUCCAUUCCGUUUCGUGUGUCCUUCAGACCUUCAUCAGCGACGACGGCCACCACAGCGGUAAAGGCACAGGUGACGAAACCGAAGAUACAGAUAUCCUCCGCGCCGACACUGCCGCCUGUGAAGAUGGAAACAGAAGAUUCUUCAUUGAAGAGGAAACGCGAGGACGAAGAUUACGACGUGUCCUAACUCCGAUUCUGAACGAUUUUCCAUCGACAUUCUCAGUUUCCAUCAGUUUAACCAUCAACCAUUCUGGAACUUACUUUUUUAAUUUUAAUAUAAAAUUUCGUAUGUAAGUUCGUGCGCAAUAAUAACGCUUUCGUUCUUCGUUUAAACGACUCGAAGAGGAGAAUGUACAGAGCCUAUACAAUAAAUUACAAUUACGUGAAAAACG